UCCCUGAUUGACUGAUUUUAUUUGAAUAUAUUAUUUGAUUAGUUUAUUUAUAAGUUGAUCCUACUAUUGCUGCCUUGUAAUGACUGGAAAUUUCACUCGAAAUUUCUAGUAUUAUACAAAGGAAAUUUCUACUUGCAAAGAAAUGAAGAACUGUCAUUGACUUGCAAAGUAUUCGCAAGAAAGGCAGACGAGUGUGUCUAUAUAUGUAGGAACUGCUGAUUCGAUUUCUACUACUUCUGCAAAUGAAUAGAAAGCAUAUCAUUUCUCUUUCUCCUAUUAAAGAACACAAUUACAAACCUCAAUUCAAUACCCUUUCUUUACUCUGCAGCUAACUUCUCCUAAAUUCCUUUGUUCAUCCUCGCGAACGAGAAGAAAAGCUGACCUCAGUAAGCCUGUCAGUUUUGUCUAAACAGCUACCAUGACAGAGCCAGAGUCUUCUCGAUCUAGACCAGAAGGGGCCUAUGAUGUCUUCUUGAGUUUUAGAGGAGAAGACACUCGCAAGACAUUUACAGAUCAUCUAUAUACUGCCUUGGUACAAGCAGGAAUCCACACUUUUCGAGGUGGUGAUAAACAUCGUAGAGGAGAAGAAAUCUCCGAGCACCUCCUCAAGGCAAUUCAAGAAUCAAAGAUAUCCAUAGUUUUCUUCUCAAAGGGUUAUGCUUCUUCUAGAUGGUGUCUCAAUGAACUUGUAGAGAUUCUUAAGUGCAAAAAUAGAAAAACCGGUCAGAUUGUUCUUCCUAUAUUCUAUGACAUUGAUCCUUCAGAUGUGAGAAAACAGACUGGCAGUUUUGCAGAAGCAUUUGUUAAACAUGAAGAGCGUUUUGAAGAGAAGUUGGUGAAGGAGUGGAGAAAAGCUCUUGAGGAGGCUGGAAAUCUAUCUGGAUGGAAUCUCAAUGAUAUGGCAAAUGGGCAUGAAGCAAAAUUUAUCAAAGAGAUUAUCAAGGAUGUGUUGAAUAAAUUAGAUUUUGAGUACUUAUAUGUUCCUGAGCACCUAGUAGGUUUGGAUCCCCUUGUCCAUAGUAUUAGUGACUUCAUAAGUACUGCCACAGAUGAGGUUUGCAUUGUGGGCAUACAUGGGAUGCCAGGAAUAGGAAAGACGACUAUAGCAGAAGUUGUAUUUAAUAAACUUCGCAAUAGAUUCGAGGGAAGCUGUUUUCUUUCGAAUAUCAAUGAAACAUCAAAACAAUUUAAUGGUCUGGCUCUUUUACAAAUGGAACUUCUUCGUGAUAUUUUAAAACAAGAUGCUGCGAACAUCAAUUGUGAUGAUAGAGGAAAGGUUCGGAUCAAAGAGCGACUUUGUCGCAAAAGAGUUCUUCUUGUUGCUGAUGACGUGGCUUGUCAGGACCAGCUAAAUGCUUUGAUGGGAGAGCGAAGUUCGUUUGGUCCCGGGAGUAGAGUAAUUAUCACAACAAGAGAUUCAAAUCUUCUUCGUGAAGCAGAUCUAACAUAUCAGAUAGAAAAAUUGACACGAGAUCAGUCCCUUCAGCUUUUCAGCUGGCAUGCCUUUAAGGACACCAAGCCAGCAGAAGAUUAUAUUGAGCUUUCGAAGAAAGCCGUUGAUUUCUGUGGAGGACUUCCUUUAGCUCUUGAGGUUAUAGGAGCUCUUCUGUACAGGAAAAACAGAGGUAGAUGGGAAAGUGAAAUUGACAACUUGAGCAGAAUUCCAAACCAAGAUAUUCAAGGAAAGCUUCUAAUAAGUUAUCACGCACUUGAUGGUGAACUAAAAAGAGCAUUCCUUGAUAUUGCAUGCUUCUUUAUUGGUAUAGAGAAAGAAUACGUCGCAAAAGUGCUAGGAGCCCGUUGCCAUCUCAAUCCAGAAGUUGUUUUGGAAACUCUCCGUGAAAGGUCUCUGAUUGAAGUUAAUUCCAUUGGAAAGAUAACCAUGCAUCAUCUAUUACGAGACAUGGGAAGGGGGGUCGUUCGUGAAUCGUCUCCCUUGCUUCUUGGAAAAAGGACCAGAAUUUGGAAUCAAGAGGAUGCAUGGAAUGUACUUGAGCAGCAGAAGGGCACGAAUGUUGUUGAGGGGCUUGCACUGGAUGUGAGUGCAUCAGAAGCUAAAUCACUUAGCGCAGGAUCAUUUGCAGAAAUGAAAUUCUUAAAUUUACUCCAAAUCAAUGGAGUACAUCUCACCGGAUCCUUCAAAUUGCUUUCUAAAGAGUUGAUGUGGAUUUGUUGGCAUGAAUGUCCUUUGAAAUAUUUUCCAUCUGAUUUUACCUUGGACAAUCUAGCUGUUCUUGAUAUGCAGUACAGUAACCUCAAAAAACUAUGGAAGGGAAAAAAGAUUCUCAACAGGCUAAAAAUCCUUGAUCUCAGUCAUUCUCAGCACCUUAUUAAAACACCAAACUUGCACAGUUCAAGUUUAGAGAAACUAAUUCUGGAAGGUUGCUCGAGUUUAGUUAAGAUGCAUCAAUCUAUUGGAAAUUUAACGAGCCUUGUUUUCUUGAAUCUAGAGGGAUGUUGGAGUCUGAAGAUUCUUCCAGGAAGCAUUGGCAAUGUAAAGUCUCUUGAAACUCUGAAUAUUUCUGGGUGUUCACAACUUGAGAAAUUGCCAGAACGCACGAGUGAUAUUGAAUCCUUAACUGAGCUGCUAGCCGAUGGGAUUGAAAAUGAGCAAUUUCUCUCUUCAAUUGGACAAUUAAAGCAUGUCAGAAGGUUAUCAUUGCGUGGAUACAGUUCGGGUCCAUCAAGUUCUUCUUUGAUUUCAGCAGGUGUUUUGGAUUGGAAACGUUUCCUGCCAGCACCUUUCAUUGAAUGUAUAUCAGUGAAACGUCUUCAGCUUUCUAAUGGUAGUUUGUCUGAUUGCGCUACUAAUUGUGUUGAUUUUAGGGGAUUGUCCGCUCUAGAAGUAUUGGAUCUAACAGGAAACAAAUUCUCUAGCCUGCCUUCUGGGAUCAGCUUCCUUCCCAAGCUAAGGUUCUUGUCUGUUCAUGAAUGCAAAUAUCUUGUAUCAAUCCCAGAUCUUCCCUCAAGAUUAGAUUGUCUGGAUGUGUCUUAUUGCAAAUCAUUGGAAAGAGUAAGAAUGCCAGAGCAGUCAAAAGAAGAACUAUAUAUAGAACUACAAGAAAGUCAUUCGUUAGAAGAGGUUCAGGGCAUCGAAGGUCAUAGUAAUAUUUUCUGGCAUAUUCGUGUUUAUAAUAGCAAUCAUUCACCAAAUAAAUUACAGAAGAGCGUUGUUGAGGCAAUGUGCAACGGUCGUCACCGGUAUUGUAUUGACUACAAUUGUGGUCCUCACCGGUAUCAUAUUUCCUCCUUUCCUGGUGAGAUGCCAAAUUGGAUGAGCUACAGGGGAGAAGGAGGCUCAUUGUCAUUCCAUAUACCUCCAGUCUUCCAUGGCUUAGUUCUUUGGGUUGUCCAUCCACUUGAGAAGGAAGAUCGUUAUUACUUCCACAAUAGCAUUAUUAUUAUUAUAAGAAAUAAAAGCAACGGUAUUCAAUUGUUUAAAGGUCAUGGAUCACCAGGAACUGCGGGAUGGAUAAGAUACAUAAGUAGAAGUGAUAUGGGAAUGGAAGAUUACUGUGGAGAUGACGAAUUGGAACUAUACAUUUCUUCAGAGCCAACAAAGCAUUACAUUUCUUCAUAUCACAAAUUGCACAUCAUUAAAGAAUGUGGGGUCCAUGUGAUCGCAGGGAAGUCAGAUUCAUUUGAAGAGUCAGAAGUGGGAAGAGAUACAGUAAUGCCUUCACCACCGCUGUAUCAUCUGCUUCCUCAUCCUCAUUGUGGUUCAAUCACAGCGUCUACACCUAAGCAAUGGAGUGACUAUUUAUUUGCGAAGCUGCAAGGACAUAGCCUCGAUUUAACACUUGAUGGUAAGAACAAAUAUUUCAUUUAGUUAUUUUUAUUCUAUUAUAUUUAAUUUAUGAGAUUAAAUAUUAUCUUUAAUGAUUUUAUUAUUAUUAUUUAAUCUAAAAAAUUAAAUAUCAUCUUUAAUAAAAAAAUAUUAAAUAUUUAAGGCUUUUUGGUAAGAAUACAUAUUUCCUUUAGUUGUUUUUAUUUUAUUCUAUUUAAUUUAAGAGAUUAAAUAUCAUCUUUAAUUAUUACAUUUUUC